GCGCAGUAAAAUUAAUAAAAUUUAAGAAGGCAGCAGUAUCAACUUGGCUUUACCACGCUGUAUGUACCGGUUAUAAGUCCGGCUAGUUCAUUCGUUGUAAGUUUACGCAAUUCUGCAAACCACUCGCACAUCAAUUUUCCACUAGCCAAAGUGAAUACGUACUCCUGCGCCAUAAAUCAGUAGCAAAAAAUUCAAAUUUUACGACAAUGUACAGUACCAACAUAAGUACUUCGUUGUUGUCAAAAUGAACGCAGUUUCAAAUGAGUUUACAAAUGUUAGUGAAGUUUUGAUCGAGAGUAUGCCAAGCGAGUGUGCUACAGAUAAUUAAACGUCGUCAGAUUCCAUAACCGGGUUGGCUUAUCAGCAAAUUCGUGGUUUGUUUACCAAUAUCAAACUUUUGUUAGAUGGAUUAUUAAUCGCUCCGUUCAGUUACGUCUCUCGGGUCGAUGGAUGGAAAUUUGUAGCUAUUUGGUAAACCGGAGUUAUUGGAGUGUGCUUCACCUUCAUUAUAUAAAAAUGACGCCAUGUCUUCCCAUACAAUGCAGUUGAUCCUAUUAUGAUCGAUAUAUAUAUCGGCUACCGUGCAAAGUACUCUAUUGACAAAGGUGUUUAAUGAUUUAUCCCUGAAUUUCUACCGGAUUCUACGACGUUCCCAUAACUGGUGCUACAAGUGGUAACGAUGGCGCACGACAACCCCGGGUACAUCCUCAUUCUGGACAUUGGGUCGACCUUUAUCAAAUGCGCUGCAUUCAGCAUUGUGGAAAGUGAUGCCAAUACAAUGGGAGAAAAGGUCAAAGAAAAAAGUUUAGCUUUCGUUGGAAUCUCGCGCCAACCGACACCCACUGUCCAUAAUCCCCAGCUGAAAUCCUUCGAGAUUGACCCAGAAAUCUUGUUCUCCCGCAUAUUGGCCGUCAUUGAGCAGUGUCUGGCCGAUUACUACAUUGACUGCGGCACCGUGGCCUGCAUGGGCAUCACGUCGCAGCGCGGCACCUUCCUGACAUGUGAUGCAAUUUCCUGUCAACCCUAUCAGCCCUUCAUAUCAUGGAAAGAUGGGCGCGCUGUCAAUAUCGCGCAGACGUGGUCACAUUCCUUCGUCAGCCGCUGUGUGCGUUUACUGGGCAAAGGCAUCACCACCGUCGUCGACUGGAACCGCGCCAUCAUCAUGUCGGCCAUCUACUUCCGUCCCAAUCAUAUCCUUCCCCGACUCGGCUGGUCCAUUCGCAACGUGCCGGGACUGAAGCAGGCCAUUAAAGACAAGGAAGCCCGACUGACACUGCUGGACUCGUGGGUGCUGCGCAAGUUCACCAAUGGAAAAUCCUUUAAAGUCGACUACUCAAUGAUCAGCUGUACCGGACUGUUCAAUCCAGCCACGAAACGCUACAGUCGGCCGCUCUUAUGGGUGUUUAAUAUUCCCCGGACCGUUCUACCGGAAGUGGUUCCGACAGUUUCAAAACAGUUCGGUCAUAUUGACGAGAAUUAUUUUGGGUUUAAAAGACCGAUCUCGUGCAUGGUAGCUGACCAGCAAGCCGCGGCAUUUGGGCAUUUUUUGGUGCAGCCGGGCGAUGCCAAAUUAACCAUCGGCACUGGAUGCUUCCUUAAUGUCAACUCUGGAGGAAAAUUGGUUUUUGAUCUGCCCAACAAUAUCUAUACGAUCAUCGGCUGGACUUUAGACCAUGUGCAAUCGUCAGUCUAUCUGACGGAAACACAGGUUGACGAAUUCAGUCGCAUUGUCACGCAGUGUUUCGAGAAAGAUCUGGGAUUGGAGCAGUGCCGAGAAUUUCCCGCCGCCAUCGGUAGUUUGCCGUACUUCCUCGAUCGGCCCUGGGUUUUUGUAUCUGCAGAGGGAAAUGUUGUACCGGAAGAUGACAUUCCUUUGGAAGUUCAAAGAUACCUCGUCUUGGAGGCAUUAGCAUUUAAAAUCGUCUUUCGGAUAGUCUUGGUAAAUCGCUUGGUGCAUGUAAAAUAUCCCUUGCGAGUGGACGGUGGUUUGUCAUCGCUUUCCUUGAUGCUCAAAAUUGUUGCCACUUUGGUUAACGGUUCACUGGAACGUUCGACGAUGACUGAAAUGACCAGCUUUGGAGCAGCACUUUUAGCCGGAAUGGGAGCUGGCUUUUGGGAUUUGCGCGAUGUUGAGAGAAUGACCGCAGCUGUUCCGAAAGAAAGCAUAGUUCCCGAAGAACAGUGGAGAACGGCUCUAGCACAACGGCAGGCACUAUCCCAAAAAUUGUCUCUUGAUUUUGUUUAAUAUGCAGAAAAAAUUAUUAGCAUUUUUUUGUACUGUGAGAUGAGUUUUGCUCAAACACAAUUAAAUUUGUUGUUACAUAGUUUUAUUGUGUGGAUUUAAUUUGUACUACAAAUACUGAUGUUGAUGGUGUGGCAGAGAAAUUAGUCAGCCAAACAUGAAGUAUUAAACUGCUUUUGACGAA